GUCGAAAUUAUGCUAAAAUCUCUUGACACUUCUAGCAGAAAGGCGUAGUAUUUUCGGCUGUCAAAAUUUCCACGUUUUCCCGUUUCGCGUAUAUUUAGGUUAAAAGAUGAACAGAUUAUUCGGUCGGGCUAAGCCCAAGGAACCGCCACCAAGUAUAACCGACUGCAUCGCCGGGGUGGACAGUAGAGCUGAUUCAGCAGAGAAGAAAAUAGCACGCUUAGAUGCAGAAUUAAAGAAGUACAAAGAUCAAAUGGCAAAGAUGAGAGAAGGGCCGGCUAAAAAUGCUGUGAAAGCAAAAGCUCUGAGAGUUUUGAAACAGCGUAAAAUGUAUGAAUCCCAAGUAGACAAUCUAAGACAGCAGGCAUUUAACAUGGAACAGGCCAAUUAUGCCACUCAAACUCUUAAAGACACACAAUCAACUGUCGUAGCUAUGAAACAAGGCGUUAAACAAAUGCAGAAGGAGUUCAAGAACAUCAAUAUCGAUGAUAUCGAGGACAUGCAAGACGAUCUGGCUGAUAUGCUAUCACAAGCUGAUGAAGUCCACGAAGCGAUGGGCCGAAGUUAUGGAAUGCCAGAAAUUGACGACGAUGAAUUAGCAGCUGAAUUGGAUGCUCUUGGUGAUGAAAUAGCCUUGGAUGAUGAUACAUCGUACCUGGAUGACGCUAUUAAAGCACCUAACGCUCCCAUCAAAGAACCUGGGACAGACUCUGUCAGAAACAAGGAUGGAGUUCUUGUGGAUGAAUUCGGACUCCCUCAGAUUCCAGCUAGCUAAGUUUAUGCCUAACAUUAAGUUUCACAAUAAUACAUACUUAAGUUAAUCAUUCUUACAGGGACACUUGCAGGCACAGCACGCUGACCCAUCUGGGUUUAGAGUAUAAAAAGCUGCAAAGAAAGUCACCAAGAAUUUUGCUUAGAAAAUACAAUUGUUUAUUGUUAGUGUUUGUAUCUCUUAACAUAUGCAAUAUCUUUGCCUGUACAAUUUCUGUCCGCUUAACAUGAAAAGUUUUUUUUUUAUUUCUGUAUAGAAUUAAUUUAACUGUAUCAUAAUCUACGAGUAAGCAACAAAAUAUAACAGCUAAUAAAGUGCUUAUAAUUGCCGAUAUGGUUGUUCCAGAUCAAUUGGAAAUUCUAUCUGGCGAAUCGAACGAAAUU